UAUUUAGGCACCAGAAAAACAAGUUCCAACUUCAGUCGUACUUCAGCAUUUGCAAAAACCAAAUCAACUUUUGUCACUUAGCAAAAAUGUCGAGCGGUUAUCCAGGCGAUAAUCAAAUCCAUGUCAUUCCGAAUCACUGCGAUUUUAAAUGCGUCGCAAAACAAAUCGCACAAGUUGCAAGGGAUGAUAAAAAGAUUGAGGAUUCCUACCUCAUUUUCGAUUUGACCGAUAUUUUGCACAAGUGGAACUUGUGGCAUAAGUACAUGCCAAACAUUGAACCGCAUUAUGCCGUGAAAUGCAAUGACCAUCCAUUCCUUCUGAGAGCGCUGGCCGGACUGGGGGCAGGGUUUGAUUGCGCGUCUGAAAUGGAAAUGAAAGCAAUUUUGGAAAUAAUUGGGGAAGAAGAUAAAGACCGCAUAAUAUUUGCACAGCCUUGUAAACAGAACUCUCAUCUGGAGUACGCCAAGGCACAUGGGAUUGAAAAGAUGACUUUCGACUGCGCUUAUGAACUCGAGAAGAUUAAGAAACUGUAUCCAAAUGCAAAGCCACUGAUUCGCAUCAAGGAAGACGAUGAGGCCGCGAGUAGCCCUUUAGGAGCAAAAUUUGGCGCCUGCGUCCUCACCGAAGUCAAGCCGCUCCUCAAAAAAGCGAAGGAACUGGAACUUGACGUUGUCGGCGUAGCCUUCCACGUCGGCUCGGGUGCCGCAAACCCAAGAAUUUUUGAAAAAGCGAUUCGCGACUCAAAAUGCGUAUUCAAAUGGGCGAAAGAGAUCGGACUUAAAUUCCAUAUUUUAGACAUCGGCGGCGGAUUUCCAGCCAAGGCGAACUGCAAGGAGACGAAACUCUUCACCCAAAUUUCUAAAGUGGUGAGAUGCUCGCUCAACAAAUAUUUUCCGCCAGAAAUGGGCGUCACCGUUUUCGCCGAGCCUGGGCGAUACUUUGCGGGCACGGCGUUCGCCGCCUGUGGCUUUAUCCACACUUUGAAAGAGAAACAUAUGAAGGAUGACCACAAGAAAUACAUGUACUACAUCAACGACGGGGUUUACGGCAGCUUCAACAAUAUCAUGUACGACCAUAAGAAACCAGUUCCCGAGCUCUUGAGGGAGAUAAAAGAGGGCGAACCAAAGUUCGAAACGGCAAUUUGGGGUCCGACGUGCGACUCUUUGGAUCGCAUUUACCCCGCUGCGACCGUUUGCGAGAGUGCAGCCAACGAGGAGGACGAAUAUGCGGAACUUGAGCUAUGUCAAGCCGGCGACUGGCUGCUUUACAGGGGGAUGGGCGCAUACACUCUCGUGGCGAGUGAAAAUUUCAACGGGUUUCCGAAACCCGAAUUGUACAAUGUGUGCUCCAAGGAUGCCUGGGACACUUUUAAGGAGUUUUUGGGAGAGAAGACGUUCAACACGCAGAAUUUCUUACGCUUCUAACCCAACUUUGGACUUGGAGAGGUAAUAAUUUGGCAUAUAUAGUAAAAGAUGUAGAAACAUGAACAGUGAAAUUUCAAACAUGUACGUCAUCUAACUAAGAUGGAAGUUAUCCUAGUAGUUGAAAAUAAUAAAAAGUAGACAGUGCAUUUCA